UGCAGUGUAUUUAAUUUAUUCAUGUCUUAUUUGUGUUAAUGCUUUUCAGAUUUUGGUGAUAAAUCCAUUGAGAUCCUAUCCAGCUAUUUUACUAGGAGAUUCACAGACUGUGAUAAUCAAUCCAUGAUCAAUGAGUGGCACAUGAUGAAAUCACUUUUGUACACAAGAUAUGGUGAAGACUUACAGGAUCGGACAUGGAGCACGAUACAUAAAGCCACAGAAGACCAGGGAGUGUCAUCAGUGCUGAGUUUGAUGGAUCUGAUCUUGUCUCUACCACCAAUAUCCGUAUUCGAUGAGAGGUCCUUUUCUCAUAUGAAACUUAUCAAGGAUGAUAGAAGAACAAGGCUGUCCACAGCUUCAUUGAGUGAUAUCAUGGUUGUAAAAGCAGAGUCUCCAGCUGUUGAAACUUUUGACCCUUCAACAGCUAUAUCAGAAUGGCUGUUUACCCCAUCGGGCAGGUCAAGGAGACCUAACCAGAGAAAGUGGAGGUCUAAACAGAAUGUGGAAGGACAGGAGGAGACUCACGUAGGACAAGAAGAGACAAUGGUUGAGCAGGGGGGAUGCAAUAGAUCUGACAGAGAAAACUGAUAGAGAUCAGGGAGAAACCAUGGUAUUGCAGGAGAAUGAGGAUACAGGGAGAGAACUGGGGGCUGAGAGGAGGGAUGAAAGAGA